GCUUCUGAGGUGGCGGCCAUGGGGUGCUCGAGUUGGCGGUUGGUGGUCGCGGCCGGCGCGGGUGUCGCGCUGGCCCUAGAGGCGCUGCCGUGGCUGCUGCGUUGGCUGCUGGUCGGGCGGCGGCCACGGCGCGAGGUGCUCUUCUUCCCGUCGCAGGUGACCUGUACCGAAGCCCUCCUGCAGAGCCCAGGCUUGCCUCCCAGGCCCUCCUCGGGCUGCCCGUGCAGCCUCCCUCACAGCGAGAGCUCGCUGAGCCGCCUGAUGCGCGCGCUGCUGGCUGCCCGCUCCAGUCUGGAGCUCUGCCUCUUCGCCUUCUCCAGCCCGCAGCUGGGGCGCGCCGUGCAGCUGCUGCACCAGCGCGGGGUGCGUGUGCGGGUCAUCACCGACUGCGACUACAUGGCCCUCAACGGUUCGCAGAUCGGCCUGCUGCGCAAGGCAGGUAUACAGGUACGGCAUGACCAGGACCUUGGCUACAUGCACCAUAAGUUUGCCAUCGUUGACAAGAAGGUGCUCAUCACUGGCUCCCUCAAUUGGACCACACAAGCCAUCCAGAAUAACCGUGAGAAUGUUCUGAUUAUGGAGGACACAGAGUACGUGCGGCUGUUCCUGGAGGAAUUUGAGCGCAUCUGGGAAGAAUUUGACCCCACCAAAUACAGCUUUUUCCCCCAAAAGCAGCGAGGGCACUGACCCUGCUCUGUCUUUCAGCUUGCAGUCCUGGAUGCACUAGGCUGAUAAAGUUUUCCUGUCCUUGUAUCGCCAUCAGAAGUCAGGGAGAAGGCGACAGUGUGAGCUGUAGGCUGUCCUAUAGCAGUAGUUGCCUACAUAGACAGGCCAUCCUCUUUAAGUGGCUUCUGGGCAUCACUAGACAUGAAUGAUAGUAUUGACUCUCUGCAGUUGGCCUUGCCUCCUUGCAGUUAGUCACAAGUGAGCACCACCAGUUGGCUAUGUCUGAGGUUGUCUCCAGGCUUUGCUUCUAAUUUUUCAUACCCCAUAACUUAGGAGCAAACUGUGGACUGAGAAGUGCCUUUGCCUCCAGCACCUGUGGACUCAUGGCUGUUUGCUCAGUCAUGACCAGGAGUUGAUGACUGGGAGUACUGGAGGUAAUAAGAACUGCCCAGGCUGUGAUCUCAGCCCUGGGGUGAGCAUUCCCAGGGAGUCAGAGGAAUAAGUUUCUCAUUUGCAUUUGUGUCAUUUUCUACAUUUUUUGGUUUUAUAUGCAAAUAACUCAAGUGACAUAAGAGCUAGAGUUUUGUCAUUGUUCAUGCUUGUGUGCAUGACAAGCUCCAUGUGGCCCCUUAAUGUCAGUCUGAGUGGAUAGUGUCCUUUAGCUCAUGGAACCAUCAGCAGCAGAUACCGCUCAAUACAUAUUUCCUUGUUUUUUGUUGGGAAAGAGGCGGGAAGAUAAGGUCUCACCAUAUAGCCCUGACUGGUCUUCAACUCAGAGAGAUCUGCCUGAUUCAGCCUCAGGUACUGGGACUAUAGGCAUGGGCCACCACUCCCAGUAUUUUCACCCUUUUUAAUGUUACCUUUUUACUUAGUGUUAGACAAGUAAACUUGAUGUUGAUUUUCCACAAGAUGGAACAGAAACUGUAAAGUAUAAUACUCAGAAGUAGUUAUGUUGAAGAAGUUCCUUGCCUUCUGGAGCUUGUGAGUUCUUAAGUGUGUGCUCAGGUGGGGGGUGGGGGAAGAUAACAAAAUGUCCUUUGAGUGACAAUGCCAUUGGGGACCUUGAACUUUGGCAUAUUCAAUAAAUAUUUUAGAAUAUGAACUGUUACUUGUCUGCCUUAGCCUACUGCAUACUCUUAAAACAUUAUAGGGUAGUACACAGCUAUUCGGACACCUGUGAUGAGGGUGGGGUCCUUGGGAGAGCAACAGCCACCCACCUCCUGGUUAACUCCUCUCUGCUACUAUUUCCAUCCCUCCAAAGUUAGCAUACUUCCUAGCCUGUUUCUCUUUGUCAUCUGCCUGACGGUGUGUGUCUUCCCUGAUUCCUAUCUCCAUCCCUUCCAGGGAAGGCUGGUAUCCACGUGGCAGCAUGUGGCUGUCAGGGGCUAAAUAGCUUUGCUGAGUUAUCUGCAGUUGUAAAGAGAUAUUACAUCAUACACUAUUUUCUUUUCUUUUGCUUGAUUUGAGACUGUCUAUGUAGACCAGGCUGGCCACAAACUCAGUAUGACCCUAAGGCUGGCCUUAUAUUCCUGCCUCCAGGGGCACCAGAUCUCAUUACCGAUGGUUGGGAGCCACCAUGUGGUUGCUGGGAAUUGA